GGUGUAAAUUGUAAAUCUUUGAUACUAAGAAUCCAAAUUUUGAAACUAAGAGUAUAUUCGUAUUAGGUGGGUAAUGCGCUCGCUAGCUAAGCGAUCACAAUAGUCCCACGCAGCCCUAACGUACACCACAACAUAAUACAGGCUAAUCUCUACCUCAUUUUAUCAUUUCGUCAACGUAAUCUCUUCCUCUCUAUCAUUGGUUAUAGUUUCGAGACAACUAGAAGAAAUUUUAUGGCUGUAUCAUUGAUUAUAACUUUUUGCUCCCACCUGUAAUCUCAUCCUCCUGUCAUUCAUUUUAUAACUUUCCUCUCUCACCUGUAAUCUCUCUCAAUGGCUGCAUCACUUCAAGCCAAGUACCCUCUAAGACCUAUCACCAACAUCCCAAGAAGCCGCCGUCCCUCCCUUCUCCGUGUACGUGUCACCUGCUCUGUUACUACUACCACCAAGCCUCAGCCUAAUCAUGGGAAGCUUCUGGUAGAGCAACGCAUUGUGAAGCCUCCUCUGUCCAAUGAUCCAACCCUGCAAUCGACCAAGCCCCAGCCGAAGCUUGUGACUGAGCAACGCCUCGCGAAUCCUCCUCUGUCCAACGACCCAACUCUGAAGUCGACAUGGACACACCGGUUAUGGGUUGCAGCGGGAUGCACCACCUUGUUUGUCUCUUUAGCUAAAUCUGUCACUGGAGGGUUUGCUUCUCAUCUCUGGCUCGAACCAGCUUUAGCCGGUUAUGCAGGCUACAUUUUAGCCGAUCUAGGCUCUGGUGUCUACCACUGGGCUAUCGAUAAUUACGGUGAUGAGUCAACCCCUGUGGUAGGAACCCAAAUCGAAGCUUUUCAGGGUCACCACAAGUGGCCAUGGACAAUAACCAGAAGGCAAUUUGCAAACAAUCUACACGCUCUGGCUCGAGUCAUAACCUUCACAGUUCUCCCACUAGACCUCGCAUUUAACGACCCUGUGGUUCAUGGCUUUGUUUGCACAUUUGCGUUUUGCAUAAAGUUUAGCCAGCAAUUCCAUGCUUGGGCACAUGGAACCAAGAGCAAGCUUNGAAAUUUUAUGGCUGUAUCAUUGAUUAUAACUUUUUGCUCCCACCUGUAA